CCCAUACAUACAUACACCUCACUCACUCAAGUACUCAACCCCCUCCCUCUAAGACAACCCCAAAAAAUCUCAAGCAUAUACCACUUGACACUUAAUUGAGAGAGAGAGAGAGAGGAGAGAUAAGAGAGCAACACCAAAGCAGAGAGUCCAGAGAGAUAGAGAGGGACUGGGAGAAAUAAAUAAAAGAGGACAAUAACAAGCAAGAGGGAGAUAGAGAGAGGGAGAGAGAAAGACAAGUGAAGUCUAAAGAGAGGAGAGGAGAGGAGAAGUGGUCACAGACAGAAGAGAAGAUCAAAAGAGAUCGGGAGAUGCAGCACAAGGUUGGAGGAGGCCAAGAGCAGCAGCAGGAGGAGCAGAGCCAAGAAAGCAACAGCAACCGCUUCCACUACUCCUCCCCCUGAGCUGAGCUGAUCUCUCUCUCCUCCGCUCACUUCCCUUCUCUCCAAGCUCCAGCUCAUCGGAGGCAGGAGGAGGCCGAGGGCGGCGGCGGCCAUGGAGGAAACCCUCAAGUCGCUGUCCAUGGACUACCUCAACCUGCUCAUCAACGGGCAGGCGUUCAGCGACGUCACGUUCAGCGUGGAGGGCCGCCUGGUGCACGCCCACCGCUGCAUCCUCGCCGCGCGCAGCCUCUUCUUCCGCAAGUUCUUCUGCGGCGCCGCCGCCGACCAGGCCGCCGCGCCGCCGGGCGCGCUCCUCCUGGAUCACCUCAGCCCGCGCUCCCCUUCCGGCGGCGCCUCCGCCUCCUCCCCGCGCGGCGCCGGGGGCUCCGCCGCCGCCGCCGCCGCGGCGACGCCCGGCGCCGUGAUACCGGUCAGCUCGGUCAGCUACGAGGUGUUCCUGCUGCUCCUCCAGUUCCUGUACAGCGGUCAGGUGUCGCUGGUGCCGCAGAAGGGUGAGCCACGGCCGGGCUGCGGCGAGCGCGGCUGCUGGCACACCCACUGCGCCGCCGCCGUCGACCUCGCCCUCGACACCCUCGCCGCCGCGCGCUCCUUCGGCGUCGAGGAGCUCGCCCUCCUCACCCAGAAGCAGCUGGCAGGCAUGGUGGAGAAGGCGUCGAUCGAGGACGUGAUGAAGGUGCUUAUGGCGUCGAGGAAGCAGGACCUGCACCAGCUGUGGACAACGUGCUCCCACCUCGUCGCCAAGUCGGGGCUCCCGCCGGAGGUGCUCGCCAAGCACCUCCCCAUCGACGUCGUCGCCAAGAUCGACGAGCUCCGCCUCAAGUCCAUGUCGCGCCGCUCGCCGUUCCUCUCGCACCACCACCACCACCCGCACGCGGCCGCCGCCGGCAUCGAGGCGUCGUCGGCGGCCGAGCUCGACGACCACCACAAGAUCCGCCGCAUGCGCCGCGCGCUCGACUCCUCCGACGUCGAGCUCGUCAAGCUCAUGGUGAUGGGGGAGGGGCUCAACCUCGACGACGCCCUCGCGCUGCACUACGCCGUCGAGAACUGCAGCCGGGAGGUGGUCAAGGCGCUGCUGGAGCUCGGCGCCGCCGACGUCAACCACCCGGCGGGCCCCGCCGGGAAGACGCCGCUGCACGUCGCGGCGGAGAUGGUGUGCCCGGACAUGGUGGCCGUGCUGCUCGACCACCACGCCGACCCCAACGUCCGCACCGUCGACGGCGUCACGCCGCUCGACAUCCUCCGCACGCUCACCUCCGACUUCCUCUUCAAGGGCGCCGUGCCCGGCCUGGCGCACAUCGAGCCCAACAAGCUCCGCCUCUGCCUGGAGCUCGUGCAGUCGGCGGCCAUGGUGAUGUCCCGGGAGGACGCCCAGACCGCCGCGGUCAAUGCGGCGCCCAUCUACGGCGAGUCCCCCGGCGGCGGCGGCGGCGGUGGCGUGUACAAUGCCAGUGGCACCAGCUCGAGCAUGGUGAACCUGAGCUUGGACAACAGGAUGGUGUACCUGAACCUGGGGAUGGACGCGCAGUUCGGGAAGAUGAACGACGGUGGCGACGGCGACGACGGCGGGAGCAGAGGGCCAUCGUCGUUGUUCUCCCCACAUGGCUUCCCCUGACGACGAAAGGGGGUGUGGCCGCUUCUGCUCUACUAUCUCCUUGUAAGCUUAGAACUAAUUAAUUACAUGUUAUUUAUAUCCACAUUACAGGAGAUGAGAAUGAUCCUUUUGGGCUAUUUUUUUAAUCUCUCUGAUCGAGCUGAGUAGGGAAAUUAAGAUCAUGCAUGCUGCUAGCUAGCUGCAUCACAAAUUAAAGGAUUUCUUGCAUUGGUGAGUUGUUGAUCGUCGACUAUUAAUGUUCCUUUUUUUUUCUUUUGCCUUUUCUGUGUACCUGUUUAUUGGGGUGAUAUUUUGGAAAUCAAAGAGGUAAUUUGGAGGUAAUUAAA